CAUAGGACUCAGUCCAAUCAACAUCAUAUAAAUCUCUGGGAGUAACAAUCAAGGCAACCUCACUAAUCGAGGUGUGGUGUGGCUGUGAACACACACACACAACAGAAAAACACACUUUUUGUUUUAAAGUCAGGGGCAAGUUGGCUCAAUAGUCCAGCUGACUACCUUUACUUUCUGCCGUCAUGCAAAAGCGCUAUACUGGCUGAAACUGAACACGGGUUACCUCAUGUAAAGAGGCUGCAUUUGUGUGUAUAUUCUUUUCUACUGAUCUAGAAUUAAGCUGCAUAUCUGAGCCCUAGUCUUUUAAAUGUCCCAAUUCCUAAUUAAUGUAGCAGAGAAGUAGGUAGACGUUUCAUAGCUUGCCGAGAGAGGGUGCAUGCGCAGACGUUUUAUGUUGGAGACUCGGAGAGGUCCGUCAGUAACGUGAUUCUCAGGAACGGUGCUCCUCACGGACAGUCAGUUUACUUUAGCGCUGUUUAGACCUUACCGGUGUAAAGUAUUUACUAAAAGGCGCACGAAAGAGUUUACGUGUAAAUACGCGCGUCACUUCAGGCGUUAGAUAAUCAGUUCAUUUUAAUGCUGUUAGGUUGCUCAUUCAGUGGGGUCCUACGGUAAAAUACAUUAAAACAGAAGAAUAUUUAACAUUACAGUUUAAAGACAACGACGCAGACCUAAUUAAAAAGUUAAUCCACGCACACACAGACGGGCUCUCGGUCUGGUAAAUAAGGUAAAUAAAAAAAUCUCCAGCGAAAAAUUCAAACCGCAAUAAUCGUUACAAGCGUUAUACCGGAAUUACAGAUAUUUUUAAGAACACGUGAGUGUUGGUUUUUAUGAGCAGCGACUGUGUGUGUAUGUGUGUGAGUUACUUGCUGCCUUGCUCUUCCCAGCUGAAAAUGCCUGCGCGCUCCCAGAGACACAGCGGUAUGCACAUUUGAAAUUAAUCAAAGGGAUGUGCCUUUUUAUGCCACUGGCGAAUGGUCUUGAUUCUGUCUUGAUGCAUGCUCAAUCAUCCAGCAUUCGGGCGUUUUGCAAUCACUGAAUCGACCAUGAACAAGGCCCAGUUCAGAACUCAGGGGACUGAAACGCUGUGGAUUGCUGCAAUAUCUGCAUAACUGCAAGAUAUUGCUGAUGGCAAAGCUGUGGCACGUCCUGCUCCUGUGUUGGGCAUGGAGUCCCUUGUGCCUUCCAUCCAGUGUGAGCUUCAUUGGUACACCACAGGAGUGUGAAAAGGCUCACUUUGUCCCUGGUUACAACUUGGGUGGCGAAGGCUUUGACAUUGUGACGAUGGAGAGAAAAGGUGCCUAUGUGAUCGACACUGAAACAUGGAAGACUGGAAAUGGUAACUGUAGGAUGUACCGUAACCGUUACAUGAAUGGAGAGAAGCAGAAGGUCCCUGUUGCUGUGGUGGACUGGAGAACCCUGCCCAAGUGCAGUUUGAAGGUCUCCAGUGUGGUCUAUGAUUCUGUUGAAACUCUUGUCAGUGACUCGACAUCAUCUGUAUCCAACAACUGGACAAUUGGCCUUGACGUCCCGGUAGAUCCUUCAGCAAAGGUUGGGGUUGGCUUAGGAGGUUCUCACUCAAGAGAUUCUUCCUUUGCCAUGAAAAAGUCAAAACAAGACCGCUACACCUUCUUACACCAUUCUAUCAACUGUAAAUUCUAUGGCUACAGACUGGCAACAAGUCCUCCUUUGAGUCAAGAAUUUAAGUCGGCUUUGGAUAUUCCCCCUUAUUCCUCUAAAACUGCGCCCUUAUAUCACAAUCUGAUUGACACUUAUGGAACACAUUACAUCACACAAGUGUCUCUUGGAGGUGAAAUUAAAGCAACCACUGCUGUCAGGACCUGCAUGGCUACAAUGAAUGGACUAACAGAUACUGAUGUUAGUGACUGUUUGUCAGUUGAAGCUUCAGCUUCUUUUGCAAAUUCUGCCAGUAUCAAUGCCACAAUUGACCACUGUCAAAGAAAGAAAAACAAGUUGGGGUCUAAUCAAACUUUCAGCAGUUCAUUUAAUGAGCGACGCACAGAGGUCAUUGGUGGAGAUAUUGAUGGAGGUGAUAUCCUCUUUGUAGGCCAAUCUGACCCCUCGGUCUAUAAAAACUGGCUCAUUUCUCUUAAAACUAUCCCUGAUGUGGUCCAAUACAACUUAAAGCCCCUACACAUCAUACUGCCAUUAAAUCAUCCUGCCAGGCAGGGACUGAAGCGAGAAGUGGAGCAGUACAUUAAGAAAAAUGCAGUGCUGAAGAAAUGUUCAGAAACCUGUAAGAUUGGGCACCGAUCAAACGUAAGAGAUCCUUGUGCUUGUGUCUGCAACAGUAACCAGGAUAUCAAGUCAAACUGCUGUCCUGCUGGGAAAGGUCUUGCAACCUUAAAGGUGUUCAAACUUUAUGCAAAGGGUCUGUACGGUGAUGACUGGAGUCAAACAGAUGGUUCAGUGGAGGUGACAUAUGGUGAUCAGAAAAAGCGCACUGAUAUUAUAAGAAAUGAUGACAACCCUAAAUGGAGAGAAACAUUUGAAUUUGCCACCAUCACCAUCAACAUGAAAGACAAACUUACAUUUGCUGUGUAUGAUGAGGACACUUACUGGAACAGUGAUCUGUUAGGCGAGUGUUCAUUUGAUCUGCGAGCAGGGAAGGUGAGCGACAGCUGCAUGCUGAAUCAUGGGACCUUCUUCUUUUCCUACAUCGUAGAGUGUGCACCAAGUCUUAGUGGAAACCAGUGUCAGGAGUAUAUCCCCUCGCCCAUGAGUCCGUCUUUGGCUGAGGUUUUCCACACCAGAAAUGGGGUUCUUCUUGGAAAGAUGGGGAAUAAGUAUGAGAAGUCAGCCAAUGAGUGACUUUAAAACCAAAUGUCAUUGUUAGAAAAUGAGUCAGUUGGGAGAUGAUUAUGUACUGGAUAUAUGUUUGCUUAUGUUUUUGCUUUUUAUUGCAGCUAAAAUAUUUACAUUUAUCUAUUCAGCUGGUGUAAUGCAUGAAGAAGUCAUGACAAAGAACAGUGGCCCAGUUUGUUUUAGGUGUGAAGGAAGUAAAACUAGCGCACGUCUUUGUGGGUGUUAAAGUAGUUAAAAACAAAAUCUGUGACAACAGCAGAGUCAAGGCUCCACUUCUACAUCAGUUAGUAUAGCAUAGUUCGAAUAAUAGAUCUAUACUGCUCUAACAGAGCCUGCUGUUCACCGUCAGUGUAAUAUUACAAAAUGCUUUGUGAUUUUUAAAACAUUCCUUCAGUAGCACAGUUGUUCACACGUGCAUCUCCAGUGAGUAAUGCCUGGAAAGGUUUAGAGCUGCAGUGCAUGUGUGAAAGUUGGUAAAAAGUUGAGGAUGUUUAACUUUUGUUAUUUUUAUCCGUGUCAUUUCAUAUCUUCUCAUUGUUAAAUGGUUGCAUACAGAUGGCAAAGCUGUGGCACCUACUGCUUCUGUGCAGGGCUGUCUGGUUAGAAUGAAAACUGCAUCUGUCAUGUUUAUAUCUAUUCAAGUUUCAGACACUGUAUUUUAUAUUCAGACUACGCUGCUUCUUGUGUAUUACACUUUUACGUACUGCAAAUUUGUAACUGUGUAGCUCAUAUAAGUUACAACUGUCCACUUCAUUUGUGUCUUGGAGAGUACGGUACAUAAACUCUGGACAUGGCUGAUCAGUACAAGCAUCAUUCCAUACUUUCUGUGCUGGAGUUUACUGCAGACUAACCAUACAGUUUGAGUUUGUAUUUAGAUUUUGUAUCUUUGUCUGUGUGUACUUACUCUCUAUGUCAGAUCCUGCCAUUUGCACUAUGUGUGAACCUGGAGAUUUAUAAUUUGUCUCUUUGCAUACAUUUACAUGGCUGAGAUGACAAUAAAGUUCACUUUUACUUUUACUUCAUGGGUCACAUACAACCCGGUUUGAAUUUACGCGGGAUAGAGCAGUCGAACUAUAACAAAAAACUAUUUUAAAAAAAGCUUCUUUAAGUGCAAAGAAGUACUAUUGCUGAAAAAUGUUACAUUUAAUAAA